AUGUUCCAGAUCGGGCUGGAAGACAAUCAGGAGUGCGAGCAUGAUGCCGACAGUGAAGAUGCUUCACACCCCACCACAAACCCCGCCGACCCCGCCCAUCGGGUCGGACCGUCCCGCUGUCCCACUGCGGCGAAUCUUCCAGUCGGCCUGUCCCGCCGCUUUGACGCCCUCAGUAUCGUCGAAGAGAUUUACAACCAUCUGUCUUUUGCCGCUGAAAAUUUCGUCCAGUCACCAUCGCUCUUACCCUGCAUUGAAGAUCCUGACCGCACCCUCCCCGCCCUUUCCACCAACCCGUAA